AUGUCCUAUCUCCUCAAAGUUGCCUUCAACUCCUUCCCUCUCCUCGCUCUUCCUCUACUGUAUUGGGCCUGGGUCCGGCAUCGGCGCGAGCCCAAGCAAACCAACCUUGUCUUCCAUGUGCACGAAAACUUUAGUGGCCAUGAUACUUCCGCCACCACGGUGGCCGGAACAAAUGGGCCGACCUCAAACAUCCUGAAGUUUGGAACAAUCGCAGCCGUGGAUGACCCUGUAACGGAAGGCCCGGAUCCAAAAUCGAGAGAGAUCGGGCGGGCCCAAGGUUUGUACAUCAACACUCAGCUGGAUGGAAAGGGGCUCCACCUAGCAUUCUCAGUGAUCUUCACUGGUGGAGAAUUCAAAGGGAGUACCCUGGAGAUCCAGGGGCCGACUUGUUCACUAUGA